GGCUGUCCUAGAACCGCGGUGCUGAAUCCCGCCUCGCACGCUUUGAACCUACCGGAGGUGGCGCUCCUCUCUGGCUCGGUGCCUCUGGCAGACCCGUGCGGACAACCGUCAGACACCGGACUCCAGCUACGCUAAGAGGGUUCCACGCAUCCUUGUUUAACUCGCCUAGCCGCAAGCCGUGAGUCCUAGAGGGGAUAAUAAUUGUUUUAAUUCUCGCUGAGGACUAGAGUGCAAUAAUCCAAGGAUUCGGGAGGGGAUUGCACAAGCAAAGCGCCUCUUGGCAUUGACGACAGCGCGACCAAAGUUGGAAGCCAACAUUUUGAUAAUCUCCGCCUUAGGCCAGCGAAGGAGGAUCGAGAUUAAAUCAACAAGCCCCGAAGUGUACAUGACUACUAGAGACGAGAGAAGAACGAUUGUUUUGCAGUCAUUGAAACACAGCUUGCAAUAGCCUGAGUGGCAGUUUGCCUUGUCCCACGGAGGCAGGAGAAAGCACCCCUAAAGUAGAAAACAAGACACGGGAAUUGCUGCGCCUCGCAGGGCUCCCUCUGACUAGCGUACCCUUGCGAAGUGCAAGCCGACCAGCACCAGCGCAAGAUUGCUCCGGUUCCCGUACCCGCGUCCUUAUGUGGUGCCUGGAGAGGCUCCGCUUUGGUCCUGAGCGCAGGCAAGGGAUUCUUCAAGGUCGGACGCACCAAGUCCCGGCCCUCACUCCCGCCGCGUGUGCAAACGUGCUCACCCCGGACCGCAUCCCCGAGUUCUGCAUCCCCCCACGACUCGCGUCCUGCACGGCCCUGGCUGCACUUCGGGUUUCCUGGAGCGAAGCAGCAGAAAUAGACUACAGCGCGGCGCACACGGACUGGGACCCGCGCUCGCAGGCAGCCCUAUCGCUGCCGCACCUGCCCCGCGCGCUCACAGCCUACGGCUUCUGCGCGCUGCUCGAGAGCCCGCACACCCGCCGCAAGGAGUCGCUCUUUCUCGGGGGCCCUGCAGCCGCCCCGCUCGUGCCCCGGGACUCGGCUCCCGCCUCCGCUCCCGCGCUCCUCGCGCUCCCCGCGGGCCCCUGCCCCACCCCGGACGCGCCCGCCCCGCCGCCCCGCGCUCGCCGCCUCCUGCGCGCCCCCGAACGGCUGCUGACCCGCGCGCUGCGGGCCCGGACGAGCCGAGGCCUGGUCCGCGCCCGCUCCGUGUCCAGCGGGGACGGCGACGAGGACGAGGACGAGGAGCGCGGCGCCGUCUCGGGGCCCCCUUCCCAGGCCCCCUCCGCGUCCCCGCCGCAGCCGCCCUGCCCCGGCCCGCGUCCCGAGCGCCUGGAGGCCGAGGGCACCGUGGCCCUGGGCCGCGCCGGGGGCGCCCUGCGCCUGGCCGCCGAGUACAGUCGGGCCAACGGGCGGCUCCGCGUCCGGCUGCUGGGCACCGAGGGCCUGGCCGCGGGAGCCGCCGAGCCUCCCGCCGUCGGCUGCCGCGUCAGCUUCGUCCUGCGGCCGCCGGGCCAGCCGCGCUCGCAGCGCAGCGCCGUGGUCCGGCGGAGCCGCAAGGCCGCCUUCCACCAGGACGUGUGCUUGGACGGGCUCUCGGAGGAGCAGGUGCGCCGCCUGGCCGUGCGCGUCAAGGCCGAGCAGCGGGGUCGCGGCCUGGAGCGGGGCCGCCCGCUGGGCCAGGGCGAGCUGCUGCUGGGCUCCCUGUUGCUGCCCUGAGGGCGCCCGGGGCUCAGACCGCCCCCUCGGGGCGCCCUCGGACCGCUGGCAACUCGGACACCGACAGCCGCUUUGGACAAAAUGAAAGUAUUUAUUCUUCUACUCACGCCUUUGGUCAGUCCAAUAGUGGCGCAUAUGUUGCUGGAUUAGUUAUAAUAAAGGAUGUAGUAUUUUGGGUAAAUAUCUUCAAAAUUCGCUUCAGCAAAUGGUAUGGCGUUCUGCAGUAGCGUUUCCCUAUAUGGACACACAAUUGCAUUUCAUGUUCCCCACGGACCUAUUGGGAGAUAAUGAAUCACAAGAAGUCUUAAAACUAGAGGGUGUCCUGGCGGUCUAUUUGCUCCAACCUCCUCAUAUUGAAGUUCAUUUCACAACAUCCACUGAGACCAUCUUAGAGCGUGUAUGACUUUUGCAGCAUUGUUUAAGACCCUGGUGAAAAAUUGGGGCCAAGAGAGGUGAAGUAACUUGCUCAAGGUCAACAGUGAAUUAUUGAUAGAAACUCCAACCUGAUACUUUUAGCUACAUCUUGCUGGAAAAGCACUGGAAAAAAAUGAAGCCAUUUUAAUUUUCCAAGUUAAAAUAAUAAUAGUUUUGCAAGUAUUAACUUGUUUAAUUCUUAAAACCAAACCUAAAAGACAGGCACAAUUGUCCCCAUUUUACAGAUGAAGAUACUGAGGCACAAAAAAUAGAGCAGAGUCGGGAUUUGCACUGAGGCAAUCAGUGUUUUACUUAUUACUUUCUGGAAAUAAUACCAGCAUCUGAAGGGUUCAUCACAUUACUAUUGUGGGACUGCAACUUACAUCUGAAAUCUUUGAUUCUGAGUCUGGGGUCUCUUCACAUUCUCACCCCCUAGUGGAAAAGCAAAUUGGUUGAAAUGAGUAAUUUAUUAUCUCAUGCUAAUGUAAUGGUCAAGGCUCUGUCUGAGAAAGAUGCUAACUAGCCUCAGAGUAGUAGAAAAGCCGGGGGGGGGGGGGGUGGUGUUAGCCUAAUUGGCCCCAGCUGAGCUAAUGUGCUAGGAGAGGGAGUCUACAAUUUUCCUGUAAUAGUGUUCUACCUCUGUCUUCUGAUAAUCAUAAUAGGUUUGUUAUGUAUUAAAGGAUGAUUUUCCUCCCUUGCUCAUA